CACGCUAAGAUAUACACGAACGGCCUCAACUCUUCUUGUAGCAUUUUGGCACUUGGCCAUAGGGCAUCCGGAAGUUCGGGCGGAACCCUAAGUCCAGUUUCGUUACAUAUCUCUCUGCCAACAGGAAACAGAACAGCCCUUUACACUGCUCGCGUCACCUCAACAUCGUCUCAACACCAACCUCACUCACAACAUUGCCCUGGUACGAUUGACAGCACCCGUCCUGUACAUAGUCAAGGUUUGUGAGUUUGUAUAUUUAUUCUCUUCGGACCGUCAUCCUGCGGCUCUGUUUUUUCCCCAGGACCUGUGGGCGGGGGAGACUAAUCUGGUUUCGAUUUUUUAAUUUUUUAAUUUUUGCUGACGAUUUUUGACGAUAAGGCGUUCACGAAUCCCAGCGGCACUCGCACCGGAUCGUCUCUCCUGGGAGGUAGCAGGAGUCUAGUUCCGCAAGCCGGACCUUCCUCGACUCUGAAAAAGAUUUCUCUGAGGGAUUUAAGAUACAGCUAAGGGAGUUAACUGCCAUCAGUCGGUCCCCCCUCGUUAUAUUUGCAGGAGCACAACGCUGAUGUGUCCAAAGUGGAGGACUUUAAUUCAGAAACAGACAGUGACUAUGCUAGCUACUGGCGAGACUGGGUUUUUCCCCUCUCUCCUCCCAUGCACUUUCCUUAUCAACUGCUCCGUUGUGGGAGGGGGGGAUUUUUUUUUGGAACAAACACUGACUUGACCGAUAGUUCAUCUCUACGCGUGGCCAUGAAUAUUUUUGCGAAAUUGACGAGGAAUACCUGACUGACCGCUUCAACUUGACUGGGCUGCAAGCAGAAGUUCAAUACUAUCAGUAUGCAUUAGACUUGGUUACCGACCAAUUCGAUUUUGAGUGUGAAGACGAUAUGAGGGAACAAAUUGAGAAGUCGGCUAGACACCUUUAUGGUUUAGUUCACGCAAGGUAUAUCAUCACUACACGUGGACUCGCCAAGAUGGUAGUAGAAAAUUCUUUCCAGAUUUUGUGCAUUUCUGACUGAUGGUUAUAGCUGGAGAAGUACAAGAAAUGCGAUUUCGGCCGCUGCCCCCGGGUCCUCUGCCGUUCACACCCACUGCUGCCACUGGGUCUUUCUGACCUACCCCACCAAAAGCCCGUCAAGCUUUAUUGUGCAAAAUGCGAGGAUGUAUACUCUCCAAAGUCCUCUCGCCACGCGGCUAUUGAUGGGGCCUAUUUCGGCGCGUCAUUUCCACAUAUUCUUUUCCAAGUUUACCCGGGAUUAAUCCCUCCCAAAAGUAAUGAGCGUUAUACACCAAGGUGUUUUGGGUUUAAGACGCAUGCCCAGGCUGCUUUGAGCAGGUGGCAGGAAGGGGAACGAGAUGCUCAGGACGCGCGACUUGAGAAGGCUGGGGUUGAGGUAAGAAGAGUCGAUGGGGAGGACGAGGAGGACGAGGACGAAGAGGUGGUGGAGGCAUAGCUCAACCCAGGAGUGCGGAUAGUGUUGCAGUGUUAUUGAUGGGGAGAGACAUCGCCCGCUCGUUGGGAAAAGGUGUUAUAAUAGCUAGUUGUGUUUUUCAAUUUUCAACUGCUUUAUUUCAUGGGUCCUGUAUGGUUGGGGGGGGGGGGGGCGUUUCUCUGGGUUCAUAUCAUUUGUCUACUAAACACUUUCGGAGCGGCAUAUUAUGCCCAAGGUAUGAUUGUAUCAUUUUACGGCUUGCUAGAUUCCUGCACUGGCUAUGAAGGGCUUAUCAAUACCAUUUCAC